AUGGCAUAUGUGCAAAGGAAUCGGUUUGAAGACAUACUUCAGAUGGUCAGACCAGAUUUGAGUAAUGAGUUGGAAAUUGUCAGGCCUAAUGUACCGCAGCAAAAUAAUUUGAGAGACUGUGGUGUGCCUAUGCUCAUAUGGCUUGGGAAAUGGGAGCUUCACGUUCCCCUUCAAUACACCAAGGAUUCAACCUUUGAGUUUGAGAGAAAGCGAAACAGACCUGAAAGAUAUGAUCGGAAUCUUGUGGAAGAUGUUCUCAAGGCUAUUCCAAAGAUUGACAAGAUCAGAGUUAGCAGGGAGGAGAGACACCACAAGAAUAGAAUGAAAGGCUACAAGGCUAAGCUCCUCAAGGAGGCUGCAAGGGAGUUGGAGCAGGGCAUCAAUUUGGUCAAAGCUCCAUCUGUGCUUCAACAGGAUCCAUCUCUCACUUUGCCAAAGAUCAAAGUUCGAGUUUCACAACAGCAAGCUGAGGAAAACCGUCCGAUGGAAGAGUGAUUGUGGCAUUACUGAU